GAAUUGGAAGUAAAAAAGAAUCACACAAUGAAGAUGCUGAAUUUGAAGUUGCUCAGAACUCUGAUUUUUUUUGAAGCAGCAAUUUUGUUUAAAUAUUCUUCUGAUCAAUCUUGUGUGAAUGCUGCUGACUCCUGUGAAACCUCUAGAAGGACUGUGGCCAGAGUCAACAAAUGUCCAGAGAAUAAAACUGAGUGGGUGGAGGCAGCCAAAAGAAAAAAAUGUUCAUCCCUUGCUGGACUGUGUCCAGAGCCGGACAGAUUUGUAUAUCAUUGUGUAUUGAACUUCUUUCUCAAUGAAACUCUUGAAGUGUGUGCUUAUGGAAGGAGAAUCCUUCUAGGGAGAUGUACAGAGUACAGCAUUCUAGGAAAUCUGAUCCAGGAGAGUAGGGUGGACUGUAAAAUGUUUCCUAGGCCCUGUCCUGUUAUAUAUCCAUCCACUGAGGCAUACAAAUACCAGGGCUGCUAUAAUUUAGUUCAGAGACCAACAACAAGUCAACCAUUAACGACUAGGCAUUCGCUUCUGUCAACAACAGGACAACACUUUAUUGGUAAAGAAUCAACAGAGGGGAUUCCAUUGACAACCUCAUCGGGAGACUCUUCCACUUCAGACAACAUAACAGAGAGGUUUAUAAUGAUUACAAGAGUGUAG